UUCUUCUUAUUUCCAAUUUUCUUCUUUUUGAAACAGCACAGUAUAUGGGUUAAAAUGUAAAUCGGGGGUUUUUUUUUCUGGGGAAAAGAGAUGAUAUUAUGGAGAAUGCACGACGCGAGUCGUUUUUCUCUCUCUCGUCCACAACGGCCCAUCGGGAAUACUGGAGACUUUGUUAUACGAAGCACAGGACCGUUAUUGGCGCGGAGGAGACAUCACCGUGGUAUCAGACACGGCAUGUCCACGCAAGUUGUAAAUGUCUCACCAACUUCACUGAUCGAUCACAUCAGUUUGGUGUUGCUCAUUCGGCCUCGCUUGCAGCAUGACGCUUCGAUAUUAUUCUUCUCUUCUUCAUUUAUUUUUUACCGGGGGGUCGGUCCACUCUGCUGCGUUAUAUCCUUGUCUCGUUACCGCCCAAAAAAAAAGUUGGUGAUGGGGCUCUUUUUUAGCACUGCAUGCAGAUAACGACACCUCGGAAAAGGGGGUUGAUAACACCGUGGAAUAUCAAAUCGGAGAUUUUUUUUUUUUUUUUUCUUCUUCUUCUUUUCUCUGCUUCUUAGUCAACAGGGUACCAACUGCUGUGGCGUUCUGUCAUUGAGGUCACAUUAGACUAAGACACCGCAUGCUAGUUAUCGUUGUUAAUACCGCCACGACGUCUUAGACAACGCCUCCCUUCCAUCACAAAGGCAACGUCCGAAUUUGAGAAGA